AUGGCCUCAGUAGUCUUGCUCUCCGUACAGGUGGCAAUUCCAAUGAAACUCGCUUCGAUGACGAUUGCCCGUUCGCUAAGGAAGGUCCUUUGCGUUCAAGAGUUGAAGAAGGUACCCAGCGUAAAGGAUAAUACCUCAACUCCACCUGUUGUCGCUGUAGCUGGUGAUAACGACCCCAAAAAUUAUGACUGCCGCGCGCUCCAAAUAGAGCUUGACAGGAUGUAG